GAUAAAUAACAAAAUGGAGUUAGAAGCACUUAAGGACAGGUGCAUAAGACUCUGCAUUGAGCGCGGAGCGCUCUUGCACGGCGACUUCACACUUAACAGCGGUGUAAAGUCAAAUGUGUUCUUUAAUUCAGGCAUUCUUUGCGAUGCCGAGUCCUUCAGUGCAUUGGUCGAUCUCAUAGUGGAAGUUCUAGUUACUAGCGGUUUAGAAUUCGAUGUUCUCAUAGGUCUUCCUUAUAAGGGAAUCCCAUUGGCAGGUGCCAUUUGCAUGAAGUACUGGGAACGCACUGGUAAACUGGUGAGCUUCGGAUACCACCGUAAGGAAAUCAAGGACCAUGGUGAGGGGUCCAUGUUCGUUGGUGCCGAACGAAUCUACGCACCCGGGAUGCGGGUGGUGGUAAUUGACGACGUGUUAACCAGUGGCAAGGCACUAUUCAAGGGACUCGACAUGAUAGAGCCACUGGGGGUAAAAGUAGUAGGCGUAGUAGUCAUCCUCAACCGGGAACUAAACUACGGAACCGUGGCAAAGGCAUUGAGUGAACGCGGUAUCAACAAGCUUUGCCAAGCAUUCACACUCAGUGAACUCCAGCAACGCGGCGAGAAGUAAC